AUGUCUCUUCCCAUGGAGGAGCGGCCUGCCACCCAUGUUGACGACGACCAUCCUCCGCCGCUAGAACCCCCGCCGGCCCACCACUUGUCCUCGGAAACCUACGUCGUUCAGGUCCCCAAAGACCAAAUCUAUCGGAUCCCUCCCCCGGAAAAUGCCCAAAUUGUCGAAACCUACCGCAACCCCGCCGGCCGCCCCAAAAAUGCCUUCUCUUCUCGCUGGCGGUGGAUCCUCGUGGGCGUCGCCGCCGUCGCACUUGCUGUUACCAUCGCUUUUGGUCUCUACUCUAUAAUAUUGAGCCCUCAGAGCCCCACAUUCUCCGUCGAGCAUGUGAUCGUGAAGGACCCGCAACCUUCUCCCAACAAAAAAUGGCACCCGCAAUUUGAAAUUUCGUUGCUGGCCACAAAUCCAAAUUCCAGAAUGGGCAUUUAUUACGAAAGAGACGGACGUGCCACUCUCUCUUUUAAGGAAAAGCAGAUUGCGACGGGCGAAUUCCCCGCAUUCUUCCAAGAGAGCAAAAAUUCGAGGACGGUUCCGGUGGUGGUCGCUGGCUCGGGUAAGGAUUUGCCCCAUGAGGUUCAGGAGAGACUGAAAGAUAAGAACUCGACGGCGGUGGUUUCGCUGGGUUUCAUGGUGGAAGCUCCCGUGAGGAUGAAGGCUGGGGCGGUGCAGACGCGGGGCAUGGAGAUGACCAUCGAGUGCGAAUUGAAGGUCAAGAAGUUGGCGACGGGUGGCCGCCCUUUGUCAGCUCAUUGUGACACGAAGUUGAAGAACUAG